AAACAAAAAACAAAACCUCUGAAUGAAAACUAUAAGGGGAUGCAGGAUCUCUGGCUGAAUAAAAUCAGAAUGCUCUUGGCUUUUGACGUUAAUCCACCUGUCUCCCAUCUGGGGAGUGAAACUGUGUCAGAAUCACACAACAAAAGAAGAUAGAUGGUACAGCCUUUCCAGAGAGGUAGAUAUCACCUAAACAAAGACUGGAAUACCUUACAGGGAUUGUACCCAUAAUCUGGACAGAAUCAUGAAACAGUGUUCAUCCUAUCUAAUACACUCCUUGGGGGGACUUUUGUCCCUGUGGGUUCUUUGUGCAUCUUCCACAAACCAGUGCACUGUGAGACACGAAGUAGCUGACUGCAGCCAUUUGAAGCUGACACACAUACCUGAUGACCUUCCUGCUAACAUAACGGUGUUGAAUCUUACCCACAACCAACUCAGAGGCUUACCACCGACCAAUUUUACAAGAUACAGCCAACUUACUAUCUUGGAUGCGGGAUUUAACUCCAUUUCAAAACUGGAGCCAGGACUGUGCCCAACACUCCCUUUGUUGAAAGUCUUGAACCUCCAACACAAUGAGCUAUCGCAGAUUUCCGAUAAAACUUUCAUCUUCUGCAGGAACCUGACGGAACUCUAUCUAAUGUCUAACUCAAUACACAAAAUUAAAAGCAACCCUUUCAAAAACCAGAAGAAUUUAAUCAAGUUAGAUCUGUCACAUAACGGCCUAUCAUCUACGAAGUUGGGAACUGAGGUCCAGCUGGAAGAUCUCCAGGAGCUCCUCUUAUCGAAUAAUAAGAUCCUUGCACUAAGAAGUGAAGAACUUGAUUUCCUUAGCAAUUCUUCUCUACAAAAGUUGGACUUGUCAUCCAAUCCACUUAGAGAGUUUUCUCCAGGGUGUUUUCAUGCAAUUGGCAAUUUAUCCGCUCUCCUUUUGAACAACGCCCAACUAGACCCCCACCUCACGGAGAAGCUCUGUUUGGAACUUUCAAACACAAGCAUCCAGAAUCUCUCUCUGGCUAACAACCAUCUUCUGGCAACCAGCCUCGCGACUUUCUCCGGGCUGAAGCAGACCCAUCAUCUCACGUCGCUGGAUCUUUCCUACAACAGCCUACGGGAUGUGGGUAACGAUACCUUCUCUUGGCUCCCACACCUCAGGUACCUGUCUCUGCAGUACAAUAACAUACAGUGUUUGUCUCCUCGCUCUUUUUAUGGACUUUCCAAUCUGAGGUACCUGAAUUUGAAGCGAGCAUUUACUAAACAAAGUAUUUCCCUUGCUUCUCACCCCAAGAUCGAUGAUUUUUCUUUUCAGUGGCUAAAAUAUUUGGAAUAUCUCAACAUGGACGAUAAUAAUAUUCCGGGUACAAAAAGCAAUAUGUUCACGGGCUUGACGAGUCUGAAGUAUUUAAGUCUUUCCAAAACUUUCACAAGUUUGCAAACUGUAACAAAUGAAACGUUUUUGUCACUUGCUCAUUCUCCUUUGCUCACACUCAAUUUAACGAAAAAUCACAUCUCAAAAAUAGCAGGUGGCGCUUUCUCUUGGUUGGGCCAACUCAGGAUACUUGACCUUGGCCUUAACGACAUUGAUCAAGAACUCACAGGCCAGGAGUGGAGAGGUCUGAGAAGUAUAUUUGAGAUCUACCUGUCCUAUAACAAAUACCUCCAACUGACUAGCAAUUCCUUUGCUCUGGUUCCGGGUCUUCAGAGACUGAUGCUCAGGAGGGUAGCACUAAAAAAUGCGGAAAUCUCCCCCUCCCCUUUCCGCCCUCUCCGUAACUUGACUAUUCUGGACUUAAGCAACAACAACAUCGCCAACAUAAAUGAGGACUUGUUGGAGGGUCUGGAGAAUCUAGAAAUCCUGGAUUUUCAGCACAACAACUUAGCAAGGCUCUGGAAACACGCAAACCCUGGCGGUCCUGUUAAUUUCCUGAAGGGCCUGUCUCACCUCCACAUCCUGAAUUUGGAGUCUAACGGUUUUGAUGAAAUCCCAGUCGGGGUGUUCAAGAACUUGUUUGAACUAAAGAGCAUCAAUCUAGGAUUGAAUAAUUUAAACAUACUUCUACCAUCUAUUUUUGAUGACCAGACGUCUCUAAGGUCAUUGAACCUUCAGAAGAACCUCAUCACAUCAGUGGAGAAGAAUGUUUUUGGGCCGGCUUUUCAGAACCUGAGUAGUUUAGAUAUGCGCUUUAACCCAUUUGAUUGUACAUGUGAAAGUAUUGCCUGGUUUGUUAACUGGAUCAACCAGACCCACGCUAACAUCUCUGAGCUACCGACUCAUUACCUCUGCAACACCCCGCCUCAGUAUCAUGGCUUCCCAGUGAUGCACUUUGAUACAUCAUCCUGUAAAGAUAGUGCCCCCUUUGAACUCCUCUUCAUGAUUAAUACCAGUGUGCUCAUGACUUUUAUACUUACGGCGUUGCUCAUUCACUUUGAGGGCUGGAGGAUAUCUUUUUACUGGAAUGUUUCGGUUCAUCGGGUUCUUGGUUUCAAGGAAAUCGAAGCACAGCCUGAACAGUUUGAAUAUACGGCAUACAUAAUUCAUGCCCAUCAAGACAGAGACUGGGUUUGGAAACACUUCUCCCCAAUGGAGGAACAAGACCAAUCUCUCAAAUUCUGCCUAGAAGAAAGGGACUUUGAAGCAGGCGUCCUUGGACUUGAAGCAAUUGUUAAUAGCAUCAAAAGAAGCAGAAAAAUCAUUUUUGUUAUAACAUACCAUCUAUUAAAAGACCCUCUGUGCAAAAGAUUCAAGGUACACCAUGCGGUUCAGCAAGCUAUUGAGCAAAAUCUGGAUUCAAUUAUAUUGAUUUUUCUUCAGGAUAUUCCAGAUUAUAAACUAAACCAUGCACUCUGUUUGCGAAGAGGAAUGUUUAAAUCCCGUUGCAUCUUGAACUGGCCAGUUCAGAAAGAACGGAUAAAUGCCUUUCAUCAUAAAUUGCAAGUAGUGCUUGGGUCACGAAAUUCAGCACAUUAAAUUUAUGUGGAGAUUAAGUCGAUAAAGGGAUAGAUCCAAUUUAUAAAGGUCCAUCAUACAUCUGAGUUUUACUUGAAAGUUUCUUAUGUUUAUAUGUAUCAAUUAUGAUGCUGUAUCAUAAUUGAAUCUCAUUUUUUGAAAUAUUUCUUAUUUCAGGCCUCUUAUCAACAAUUGUUUUAUUUACCUACUCCAAACAAAUACCUGGGCAGUUAAGAGCAUCCUCUGUUAAUGACUUCACAGUUGAUCUCUGAGGUGUAUCACAGCUUCAAAGGGAUUUUAAAGUAGUCUUUAUAUAAAUAAAACUGAGAGUUUUAUAGGUAUAAUUUAUUUUUAAGAUGGAGUUUUACUGUGUAACUCAGGUUGAUCUGGAAAUUACUAUGCUGGAGUUUGGCCUUGAACUUAUGAAAUUACAGUGAUCUGCCUGCCUCUGUCUCUGGAGUGAUGCCUUCAAAGGCAUGCAGCACUACACUCAGCUACAUGAGAUUUUAUAACACUCACAUUUUGAGACACUUAUAGAAUGAAAGAUAACUGCUUUUAUGGUACAAGCCUACUUCAAUGGGAAUAAGAAUAAAAUAUUUAGAAAGAGUUUUUUUCUUUCUUUUUUUUAUUUGAAAAGCUUUGUAUUUUAUUUUGAUGUUGUUUUUGAUAGAUGUUAGGUAGCCUUGCAAUCUGCAUACCCAAGAACAGAAUAUUUUCAUAAUCUUCAUAGUGUAACAGACCCCCAGACCUUAACACAACUGACUCCAUGAUGGAAGUACCAUUUAGGCCAUAAAACAGCAUGAAGAUCAGCCAAGAUGAAAAGAAAGGCCUGAUGGAUUCAUCAGUCAGUCUGUAGUUCCGGGAAAGUCUCUAAAUGUACUAACCUUGCUUUUUGGCUUUUGUAGUUCUGCUUCUGGCUAACUGCUCUUCUUAACUGAAGUACGUCAACCCAGAAUAUGUUCUUUGUGCUUAAAAGUUCACGCUGAGAAAGCCUUGGGGCUACCUACACUGGGAUCCCAAACACCCAGUGUGGUCACUGACUGAUAAUAAAGACUUCCUAUUAACUUAAA